CUUCUUCACUACUAGUUUUUUUCCAACGCUUGGUUUUCGGUUGCUAACGCUGUUUCGCGGUGGAAGUUAAUUCUUGCCGGACUCAGUGGCGGCUUCUUUCAGAGGAAGGAGGAAAAGAAAACGAUGCCAGUUUCCAUCCAAGCUCUAUGAUGGACGCACGGAUGGUGGUUUUCUUCUGUACAGUACUGAGUUCAUCUGCUGCAGAAGUGAGGAAGAUCCUGACAGCCACUGAAGGAGGAAACAUCACUAUACCUCACGCUGUGAGGGACAAUGGAUUCAUUUUAUUUGGACCAAAUGUUAUCGCUCAAGUGACAAAUAAGAAAAUCACACUACGGGACAUUUAUCAGGACAGACUUAUCUGGGACCAAAGCACUGGACUCUUUACUCUCACUGGACUACAGAGGAAUGACUCAGGGGAUUAUGCCAUUAGCACAUCUUCAGUUUAUAGACUCACAGUGUAUGGGACUGUUCCCACACCUGCGGUGGUCUCACUGAGUGUGAGCGCUGAGAGCUGCACCCUGCAGUGCUCUGUGGACAACGCUGAAGACACGACUCUGUCGUGGCACAAAGAUGAGGAGACGCUGAAUCAGAUCAGCUCUGCUCUCUCUCUGCUUCUCACUGUGAACAAGGAUUUCAGCUCCUCGUAUCGAUGUGUCGCAGCCAACCCUGCUGAAAACAAGACUCGUGCAGUUGACGAGACGCUCUGCCCUGAACUGAGCAAACCCCAAAGACACUAUAUAAUCAGAAUUGUAGUCCCCAUCCUGUCUGUUCUGAUUAUUAUACUUUUUAUUGCCUGCAUCAUCAAGAGGAAGUGUCUUCAGACACAUGAAAACAAGAGGAGAACCACACAAGCACAAGGAAUGUGUUACACAACUGAAUAUGAGGGAACUACUAUCACUUGGCAUGGAUGGCCCCAGUGUGAAUUUCAAAUUGGUGGAUCUUCUCCAGAAAGAGCUGCUCAGGUUGUCACUGUUGGAAGCUGUGGACUUCACACCCUCCACAAUGCUUUAAAGGCAGGCUUUACUGUGUGGCAGUUGGAAAAACUUCUGCGAGCCAUGCACUUCCUCUUUCAUAAUGUUCCUGCCAAGAGAGAAGACUUCACAAGCCUGACAGGGUCCUCCUGCUUUCCCUUACCAUUUUGUGGCCAUAGAUGGGUCGAAAACAUUCCUGUAGCAGAGAGAGCAGUUGAAGUUUGGCCAGUGAUUAAGACGUAUGUGGAUGCUGCAGAGAAAAAGAGGGUCCAAGUCCCCUGCACAGCCUCAUAUGACACCAUAGUAGCAGCACAAAAGGAUCCUUUCAUUAUUGCAAAGCUCCAGUUCUUUCUGGCAAUUGCAAGGACUUUCAACCCCUUCUUGACGAAAUUCCAAACCGAUGAGCCAGUGUUGCCCUUCUUGGUCAAAGAUUUGACUGAGCUGCAGAUGAGUUUACUGAGGCGGUUUGUUCAGCGAGAGCUCCUCCAGGACCUCACACCCCUGCAGCUGAUCAAAACAGAACUAACAGAUGAAAAAAACUUGGUCUCCCCUAAGAGUGUAGACAUAGGCCUGGGUGCUGAAUCUGCCAUCAAGGAACUUCAGAGCAACCCAGGAUGCAAGGUUGGUGAGCUUUCUGUGCUCACCUUCAGGCGAAAAUGUUUGCAGGGCCUGGUUAAGGUGGUUAUGAAGCUACAGGAGAAAAGCCCCCUGAAAUUCCCAGUGGUCAGGCAGAUUGCAUGUUUGGAUCCUACAAAGAUGCACAGAGAUCCUGAAUGGUGCAUCAGACAGAUGAAGAGCAUAGUGCAAACAUUCCUCCAGGGCAAGCAGCUGGCAGGUGGCAUCCCAGCUGGUGAUGUGAUCAUUCAGCAGUUCACGUCAUUGCUUUCUCUUGAGGGCAGAGAUGAACGCUUCUUGGGACAUGGCAGCCUGUGAAGCAGCGCGUGGAUGUGUUUCUACACUCAGCGCUUAGCACAUCCUACCCUGACCUAUUGAAGUUCUGCCAGAGCCUUUUACUGCUGUCGCAUGGACAAGCCACCGUGGAGAGAGGCUUCUCCAUAAACAAGGAGGUGGAAACAUGUAAUCUUCUAGGUGAAUCCUUGGAGGCACUGAGGUUAAUAUGUGACAGUGUCAGUAGCUGUGGUGGUGUCCUCAAGGUGCCUUUAACCAAGGACCUGCUGGCCUCUGUGGCCUCAGCAAGGUCCCAGUAAAGGCUAUACCUUGAAUACCUUGACGCAAAAAGAGGGAGAGUGCUGCUCAGACAGUGAAGAGGAAGGCCGCAGAGGAAGAACUAGAGGAGCUCAGACAGCAAUGCAGAGUCCUGGAGGAUGUCUGUGCCAUCCUUGAAAAUGAUGCCAACAAGUUGGCCGAGGAGGCAGAGGGGAAGGCUGGGUCAAAAAUGGCCCAGCUUAUCACUAAAUCCAAUACACUCAGAAGGAGAUACAAAGAGAAAAAAGAGGAACUGGUUAAAAUGGAGAAAACUAUUGAAGAAAAGGCCAUGCAAUUAAGACACUGUCCAUAAGAUUCUUUUGCUCAUGAGUUCAUAUUAGGGCUAUAGCACAGGCUUAUGUUAAAAUCAAGUAAUAGCAGUCCACCAGUUCAUGUAGUGGAUGCCAGUUUGUGAAGUGAUAUCAGCAAGAGUUCAUAUAGCAGAUGCCAGCUUGUAAUGCGUCAGCAGUUCGUGCAGUGAAUGCCUGCCUCAUGGAACUGUACUCUUCAUUGCACAUUUUAUGUAGUUUGUUUUAUUUUUAUUCACAAAGUGAAAUAAAUUUGUACAAUAUGAAGUCAA